AUGCAGAGUUUGUAUGAGAAGGAGCAGCUAAGGAAGAUGUCUCAAAGUGACGAGUGGGAGAAGAUAAACCAUGUCAAGAGUGCAAAAGGAGUGCAAGCCACAGCCACCUUGGUGAGGCCAAAUUUUUGGAGUUCUGUUGCACUUUGCUUGAGGGUAUUUGAGCCAUUGGUGAAAGUACUUCGGAUGGUUGAUGGGGAUGUGAAGCCAUCAAUGGCAUUUCUUUAUGGAGAAAUCCUUAAGGCCAAGGAAGACAUCAAGGUGGCUAUUGGAAACAUUCCUGGGGCAGCAGGGUUGUAUAGUUCCAUCAUGGAAAUCAUUAAUGUGAAGAUGAAAAAUAGGCUGGACUGUCCUCUUCACAUGGCUGCUUACUUCUUGAACCCCUAUUACAGCUACAAUGAUGACUCCAUAUUUCAAUCUGAGGAAGUCAUGGAUGGGUUCUUAAUAACUGUAGAAACAUUCUACCUUGGUGAUUAUGAUAAGCAAUCCCAAUUACUGAAUGAUGAGGUGCACAAGUUCAAAGACCGUGUUGGUCAUUUUGCAAAACAAGUGGCUAUUGCUGGCUAUAAGGACUUUGACAUGAAUCCUGCCAAAUGGUGGGGAAACUAUGGAACAUAA